AUGUCAGAGAAGGAGUUACAAUGGAACUUAUUUGAUUUGACUGGUCUCCAAAUGAAGCAUGGUGACUCUGUCGAAGUUGAAGGAAGAGUUCAUUUCAGAGCAAUCGGAUUUACCAUUAAUCUAGGAAUAGACGUGUGGAACAUUGGACUGCAUUUUAACCCACGGUUUACUGCAAUUGAAACUAAGAUUGUCUUGAAUAACUUAGUCAGCGACAAGUGGAGGGCUGAGCAGAUCGAGAAAAACACCCUACAACGUAACGAAGAUUUCAAGGUCCACAUUAAGUUCACCAAAGAAAACUUUGAGAUCAUCCUAUGUGAUGAAACCACAAUGACAUUUCCAAACCACAGUGGCUUGGAUAUAAUUGAAAUGCUUUCGAUCAAGGGGGAUCUUGAGCUGAAGAGCGUGAAAUUGAACAAAUGA